CAACUAACAUGUUCCCGAGGAUAGCUAUCAUGUUGGGUCUGGCAGCUGCCUCUCUGGCCGCUCCGUCACAGCCUCCCUACGGAUACUCUCCUCCUCCCUCUUACCAGUCUCCAGCUCAUUACAACUUCGACUGGGUCGUGAAGGACGACUACUCCGCCAACGACUACGGCCACCAGGAGUCCCGCGACGGAUACAACACACAGGGAUCCUACUACGUGCAGCUUCCCGACGGUCGCCUGCAGAAGGUCACCUACCACGUGGACGGCGACUCAGGCUACGUGGCCGAGGUCACCUACGAGGGACAGGCUCACUACCAAGCCCACCAGCCUUCCUACCAUCCUACUCCUGCAUACCAGCCUACCCCUUCAUACCACACCAAUCCUUCCUACCAUCCUACACCUUCUUACAGACCUACACCUUCCUACAGGCCGAGACCCCAUCACUGAAACUUUCAUGUAUAAAAUCUUUCCACAAAUAUAAAAUCCCCUUUGAAUCACCAUGUUCGUAUCCUAUGCUUAAAGGCCUCCAUCAUUCAGCAGUUGAUCUAUAAAACAUAUUCACACAAAUACAAAGUCAUUCUCGA